AUGGCACUUCAUACUUUCUCCAUUGCUGUUUUGCUAACCUCCCUAAUUCUCUUCACCCUAAAAUCUUACUCUUUGGAACUCAACAUAACAGAUUCUGAUGUUGAUCGUAUUGAAUUUGCUCUAAAUUUAGAAUUUUUGGAGGCUGAGUUCUUCUUGAAUGGUGCAACGGGUGUUGGAUUGGAUGCUAAUGCUCCAGAGUUAGCCCAGGGAGGACCCCCUCCCAUUGGAGCCCAAAUGGCCCUUCUGGACCCCCUCACUCAAGGUGUCAUCUUACAGUUUGGUUUGCAGGAAGUUGGACAUUUGAGGGCCAUAAAGAAUACAGUAAAAGGAUUUCCUAGGCCGUUACUUGAUAUAAGCAAGGAAUCAUUUGCUCGAGUUAUGGAUAAUGCCUUUGGGCAACCUCUGCAUCCGCCUUUUGACCCCUAUGCCAAUUCCAUUAACUACCUUCUUGCGUCUUACGUGAUUCCUUAUGUUGGUCUCACGGGGUACGUUGGAACCAUUCCAAAUUUGCAAGGUACCACGUACAAGAAACUUGUCGCUGGUCUUGUGGGAGUAGAGUCAGGCCAAGAUGCAGUUAUUCGAGCAUUGCUAUAUGAAUAUCGGGACUCGAUAGUGCUGCCAUAUGCAAAGAGUGUGGCAGAGUUCACAAAUCGCAUCUCAAUGCUUAGGAAUAAGCUAGGAAAUGAAGGAUUGAAAGAUGAAGGUCUUGUGGUCCCUAUAUCAGAAGGUGCUGAGGGCAAAGUCCGAGGCAACGUGCUUGCUGCUGACAAAGAUUCACUUUCGUAUGCAAGGACUCCAGAGGAAAUAUUAAGGAUAGUGUAUGGGAGUGGUGAUGAACAUGUCCCGGCUGGCUUCUUCCCUAAGGGAGCAAAUGGUCGCACAGCCAGAUCUUACUUAAACCCUGCAGCAUAG